CAAAAAAAAAAAAAAAACAACUAUUCAAGCAUUGAAAUUUGCAUAUUCGAACCCACUAUAACCGGUUCUGUGCACUGGAGAUGAAUUAUGGGUUUCAGUUUGAUAAACAUUAUUUGGCGAAGGACAGAAGGAAAUUCUUUUGAUUUUGGAAUAUUCUAGUAGUAAUUAUUCUGGGAUUUUCGUUAUGAGUGGUGCUCCUCCUAAAAAAUGUUAUGAAGAUGGUGGUCAUUCCUCUUCAUCGAGAUAUCCACUUGAAGACACAGGUACAUAUCCGAAGUUGACAUCUUCUGGGGUAUCAAAUGAGUACCACCAUCCGCCCUAUGACGUGGGGCAAGAUGCUCGGACGGUGAAGAUUCCGCGGUCUGAAUCUCGUGAUAUAGAGAGAAGAUCUCCUCUGCAUUCCGGUUAUCGGAUGCUCACAUCUUCUUUGAAUGAUUCACAUACAGAUUCUCAUCCAACUCCUCCGGGAAGCAGGCUGGAAUCGAGGGAUUCUAAGGAUAAUCAAAGGAUAGAAACCAGGGAGUCCUCUGGCGAGGGAAAGAGGGAUGCUCAAAGUGUUAAAGGUGAAAAGGAUGCAAAAUGUGAUAGUAGAGGUGAUGACAAUAAAGAAGCAAAAUAUGACAGGGAGAAUUAUGGUGAUCUGAAGAGUGAUGCAAAGGUAGAAAAAGAAAGUUAUAUUGCUGCAAGUAGUCACUUGAACUGGAAAGAAUCAAAAGAUUACCCUAGAGGAAAAAGAAGUUCUGAACCACCAGCUGGCACAGAUCCAUGGUCACGUGGUAGUUCUCAAGGCCUGGUAGAGGUUGGAAAAGACUGUUCAGUAAAAGACCGUUCAGUAACUGAAGAGAGGGUUUACAUGGAAACACAAGAGGCUAUUGGGGAGAAUAGAGUUGAUUCAAAAGGUGAGGAUAGAUUUAAAGAGAAGGACAGAAAAAGGAAGGAUUCAAAGCAUCGGGAUUGGGGAGACAGAGAUAAGGAACGAAGUGAUCGUAGGAGCAGUAUGCAAGUAGGUAAUAUUAGUAGUGACUGCAAAGAAUCCACUAGGGAAGAGAGAGAAUCAGAGAAAUGGGAGAGGGAUAAGAAGGAUCUUUUUAAAGACAAGGAGAGACAGAAAGAGAGGGAAAAAGAUCAUAUCAAGAGAGAAUCAUGGAAUGGAGCCGAGAAAGAGGGUAUGGGUAUGCACAAUGAGAAGGAGUUGGGAGAGGGAUCAGUCAAAGUGCCACCGCUAGAGCAGGAAAAUCUCGUGUCAGAGCAAAAAAAACCAAAAGAACUUGAUAGCUGGAAAAAUGUUGAUAGGGAAGCCAAAGACAGGAGAAGAGAAAGAGAGGUUGAUAUGGAAGGAGAUAGACCUGAAAAGCGCAGUAGGUGCUACGAUAAAGAAUCUGAUGAUGGAUGUGGUGAUGGCGAAGGGGCUACAGAAAGGGAAAGAGAAGCUUUUAAUUAUGGAGUCCAGCAGCGUAAGAGGAUGCUGCGACCUAGAAGUAGCCCUCAAGUUGGAAACCGUGAGCCUCGCUUUCGGUCUCGUGCUCAGGAUAAUGAAGGAUCUCAAGGUAAAUCCGAAGUAUCUUCUGUUGUUUAUAAAGUUGGUGAGUGCAUGCAAGAACUGGUAAAGUUAUGGAAGGAAUAUGAAACAUCUCAAGCUGAUAAAAAUGGUGAAAGUUCUGUUAAUGGUCCCACUCUUGAAAUCCGGAUACCAGCUGAGCAUGUUACUGCCACAAAUCGCCAAGUCAGAGGUGGCCAACUAUGGGGGACUGAUACAUACACAGAUGACUCUGAUCUUGUUGCUGUUCUCAUGCACACGGGCUACUGCCGCCCCACUGCAUAUCCUCCUCCACCUGCUAUCCAAGAGCUUCGUGCAACAAUCCAAGUACUACCUCCUCAAGAUUGUUACACAUCUGAACAAAGAAAUAAUGUACGUUCCCGUGCUUGGGGGGCUGGAAGUGGUUGUAGUUAUCGUGUUGAAAGGUGCUGCAUUGUGAAGAAAGGAGGUGGAACCAUUGAUCUGGAUCCUUGUCUUACACAUUCAUCAACAGUGGAGCCUACCCUUGCUCCAGUGGCAGUUGAACGGACAAUGACCACAAGGGCUGCAGCUUCGAAUGCAUUGCGGCAACAACGGUUUGUGCGGGAAGUAACAAUACAGUACAACCUUUGCAAUGAACCCUGGAUUAAGUACAGUAUAAGUAUCGUUGCUGAUAAAGGACUAAAAAAGCCUCUUUAUACAUCUGCACGUUUGAAGAAGGGAGAAGUUCUUUAUUUAGAAACACAUUCAUGCAGGUAUGAGCUCUGUUUUACGGGAGAGAAGAUGGUCAAAGCUGUGGCAGGAUCUCAGUCACAUGAUUCAGAUACUGAUAAGUCUCAGAAUCAUCACUCAAACUCUGCAAAUGGUGAAAAGAACGAAGGUGAUAAUGCUAUGAUUGAUGUUUUUCGUUGGUCUCGCUGCAAGAAGCCCCUUGCCCAAAAAGUCAUGCGUUCGGUUGGAAUCCCACUGCCCCUUGAACAUGUGGAGGUAAUAGAAGAGAAUCUUGACUGGGAGGAUGUUCAGUGGUCGCAAACUGGUGUUUGGAUAGCUGGAAAAGAAUACACCCUCGCUCGGGUGCAUUUUCUAUCUUUGAACUAACUAUUUAUUUUGUUUGUCAGAAUGAUGUAUAACUAUUUGUCUUCAUAUUUGUACAAAGCAAAGACUGAUUUUCAGAACGCAUUGUCGAAAUAAUAUAUUCAGCGUUAUUAAUGAUA